AUGUCCCAAGUUGGAACGCCUCAGUUUCUAACGGCCAUGGCUCCUUUUGCUGAAAGCAAUAGGCCUACUUCUGUUGAGAACUCGCCCUGUUCAUCCAACAAUAAGGUAAGUAGCCUAAUGUUCGACCUUUGACAAGCACAACAACAUUUUAUUUUAAUAUUUUUUAGUUUCAGUUUAAUUAUCACGAACAAUAGCCUAAUAUUUUUUUCUUUAUCCUUCCUUUAGUUACGGAAGCUCAUUGUGGAGAAAAUUCGGAGAGACCGCAUCAACAGCAGCAUUGAGCAACUGAGGAAACUUCUCCACGGAGGACAGAUAUGUGGCCAGCAGCAGCAGCAGCGCUCAUCCAACCUGGAGAAAGCCGAUAUUUUGGAGUUGGCAGUGAGUUUCCUACAGAAGGAGACCACAGCGGGCGUUUCGCCCACCUACUCCCAGGGCUGCUCCCAGUGUCUGCAGGAGACCCUCCGCCACCUGUCCCUUCACGCGCCCCUGCAGGCUGCAGAACUAGAGGAGAUCAAACGCUUUUACGUGCUCCAGAAAACAGCCCUGUCCAGGCGCAUGUCAGGUGAACAGCACGCGCGAUCUGCAGCCAAGCAGUCAACAUCAAGGUCAUUAUCACCGCGGUCCCAAGGCUCUCUGUGGAGGCCAUGGUAA